CUGCCAAUGUUUUUGACAGUAGGAUAAUAUUUUUGGUUAAUUAAUUGCUUAAUUUUUUGAUAUUAAAUAAUUGGAUUUUGAUGAUUUUUAAAUAUGGAAAAUGUUGGUGAUAAUGGAGAUAAAAAAAAUGAGCAAAAUGUAAAAAAAAAUGAAGGUAAUAUAGAUUGUAGUAGCCAUGCAAAAAGAUUUCGUUGUUGUCCACCAGAUUUUUGUGAUAUGAUUGAAAAAAGACAAGAAAAAUUAUUACAACUUUCAAAAAUUAAAAAUGAUUUAAGUAAAAGAGUUGAAUUACAAAGUAGAAUAUAUCCAGUUGCAACAUUAAUUGAUUUAAAACCUGGUGAAAAUGUACCAGCUAAAAUAACAAAUUUAAUUGGCAAACAAUCAAAUGAAAUGCAAAUAUUUAAUUCAUGUAUUAAUAAUAGUUUAUCACAACAUAAUGACAUAAGAAUACGUGAAAUUGAAUCAACAAGAAAAAAAUCAUUAAAACGUAGAGAUGAAGCUAAAUGUUGUUUGUUAAAAAAAAAAUUAACAAUUGAUGAAAAUUUAAAAAAAAUUAAUGAUGCUAAAGAAAAAAAGUUAAAUCUUGAAAAAAAAAUUAAUGAAAUUGAAAAUAUAUUAAAAAAAAAUGAUGAAGAUGAUGAUAAAAAAAAUGAUAUAAAUAAUGAGCAAUCAGUACAAUCACUUGGUAUUGAUGAUUUAAAUUAUUUAACAAAAUUUGAAGAACUUGUUAAAAAUGAAUUGACAACUAAAAAACAAAUUGAUGAACUUGAAUCAAGACAAGAAGCAAAUAUGAGAGCACUUGAAUUUGCAGUAGAAAUUAUGUCACAAGAAAAAAAUAAUGAAGUUGAUAAUUUAAAAGGUAUACUACAAAAUAAAUCAUCAGCAAAUCAGCUUUUAGCUAACGAUGUGUGUAAUCUAGAAGAUGAAGUAGAAAGAUUACAAAUAAAAUUAACUCAAUGUAAUCAAAAAUUAUUGCAAUAUACAAAUAAAAAUAAAACUGAUACUGCUGUUGGUGAGCGAAUUAAUUAUGAAGAUAAACAAUCAAUGAUUAAACCUAAUGUUACUGAAGUUGAAGUAUUAUCUAGGAUUCCUGAUACAAAAGAUCAAAAUAUUGAUGCUAUUGUGAGUGUUAAAUCAACAGGAACAAAUGUUGAAAAUAAACAAUUUAAAGAGGUUGAAGUAUUAGCUAAAAUCAUUGAAACAAAAGAUCAAAAUAUUGAUGCUAUUGUGAGUGUUACAUCAACUGGAACAGAUGCAAUAAAUGAAACUUUUAGUAAAUCAAUUCAUGAUAUAUCAACUGAAACUGACAAUGCAAAUAUUAAUCAAAUUGUUGAUAAAAAUUCUAUAGAAAAAAAAGUGAUAACUUCUGUUGUAGAUGAAUCAAUUGAAAAUUCAUCAAAUGAUACAAAUGAUGUUAGUCAAGAUGUGGUUAGAGCAGCUGAUUCUGAAAAUGAAUUUCAUGAUUUAUUAGAAGACAAUACAAAUAAUCAAUUACAAAUAACUGAUUAUAAUUAUCAAUCAUCAUUGGCUGUUGAACAAACAACAAAUAAUUCUGGUGAAAAAUUUAUUGAUUUACCAGAAGAUAAUUUAAAUAGCCAAUUACAAACAACUGAUUAUAAUUAUCAAACAUUGCCAAGUGUUGCUGAACCACAAUUUUUUGAUUUACCCGAAGAUAAAACAGAAACUCAUUUACAAACAACUGAUUAUAAUUUUCAAUCAACUAUUGUUGAACCAUCUGAGACAGAAAUAUCAAGCCAAAAUAUCACAACAUUUGAUACUGAUAAAAUUAAAAAUAAUAAUUUUAUUCAAAUUGAUAGAGAUGAAUUAAAAAAUUGGCUUAAUAAUAUUGCAAAAAUUCAAGCACGUGUAUCAAAAUGUCAACAGUGUGUUGAGCUAGAAACAGAUUGUGUUAAUCUUCAAAAAUCUAUAGCUCAUCAUCUUGGGAUGGAACUUGAAGAUUUUUUAGAUAGUCAUAGUAAAAUAAGAGCUGAUGAAUUAGCUGAAGGACAAAAUGAUUAUCAGCUAAGUAUUCCACCAGUUAUUCCACAAGCCAGUGAUAAAAUAAUAAAACAACAAACAGAUAAAAUUGAUGAUAUAGUUAUUGGUGCAGGAAAAACAAGUGUUGUAUUAUCACCAGCACAAACAAUAAGUUUUUCAGUUGAAACAUCAACACCAAUGCCUGUCUCAAAACCAGUUAUUGAAAAAAAUAAAAGAAAAAAAACCAUUGAACCAAUUAUUGAAGAUGAAUCAAAUAAAAAUUCUUCAUUAUUUGUUGAUACAUCAUUGGUUAGAAGAGGUCAACAAUCAGGAAGAGUUUCAACACCUACGCAUUCAAUAAAAUUACCAAUUAAAUCAUCAACACCAUUGAUAAAAAAUACAAAACAAAAAGAAAAAAAACAUAUUAAUAUUGAUAGUGUUAUAAAUGAAGAUUCAAAUUCAUCAAGUGAUGAUGAAAUAAAUGAAAAUAUGAUUGUUAAAACUAUUUAUGAUAAUUCUAGAAAUACUUCUAGUGAAUCUGACUUGAAAGAGAGUCAUUCAGACAUUGGAAAUGUUGAUGAUAAUGCUGAUAGCAUUGGAGAACCAUCAAGAAGACAGGAGAGCCAUGAAAAUAAAAAAGCUAGGCACAAAAAUGAUGGUAGUAAAAUACCAACUAAUGACAAAACAAAUGGUCAUUCAGGUAAAAAAAUUUCAGUGAAAAAUAAAGAAUAUCAUGAAAGUGAUGAAUCAAUCAAUGACAGAACAUCAAAACUAUCAGAAUGUUCAAAAAAUUCAAAUUGUCUUUGUCAACAAACAUGGCUGACAAUGUCAAAAAAAGAUUAUGAAAAAUUCAAAAAUGAAUCAAUGAAAUCACAAAAAUCUAAAAAACCAAGAAAUGAAUAUUUUUCAAAAACAAUUUCAACAAGUUUAACAACACCUGUAGAAACACAAACAAAUAUUAAUAAUGUGCCAAAUUUUAAUUGUAAUCCAUGUAGCUGUAAUCCAUGUGGAGGUUCAGAUUGUUCAAUAACAGAUAAUUUUGAUAAUGAAAAAAAAAAAAAAUUACCACAAAAAAAAAGUCAAGGUGUUUUAGCAAUAUUACCAAAAUCGAAACGUUAAUUUUAGAUUUUUUUUUCUUUAAAAUAUAUAGAUUAUUUGUAUAAAUUUUAAUGAUAUUUAAAUUAUUUAAAAAAACUCACCGAACAUUUGCCAGA